GUGGCAAGGCAAUAACGCGUCACGUCAUGCUAUAAAAGCACUGAAUGGAAAGCAUUGCACGAUUGAAGAAAACAUGGAUAGGAUUCUCAAGGGAGUGAUGAAGUACCGAAAAUGUCAUAGAGAAGGAAUGGUAAAACAGUUUCAGCAAGUUAGGGAUCAUCCUGAGCCCAAGGCAGUGUUCUUCACUUGCAUGGACUCUCGGAUGAUACCCACUAGAUUUACGGAAACAAAUGUUGGAGACAUGUUUGUUGUUAGAAAUGCAGGUAAUUUAGUUCCUAACUCUAAUCAUUUCAUUGAUGAACUUACAAUGUGUGAACCUGCUGCUCUGGAACUGGGCUGUGUUGUCAAUGAUAUUAGGCAUGUGAUUGUUUGUGGACACAGUGAUUGCAAAGCCAUGAAUUUAUUAUACGCUUUAAGAGAUGAAGAAUUUGCGUCUCAAGUGAACCGGAGAAUAUCACCACUGCGAGCUUGGUUGUGUGCGCACGCGAGUAGUAGUCUUGCAAAGUUUCAACAAUUAGAAAUCACGGGCUUCCACGAACCAAUAUUAUUCCAAGCAGAAACGCCAAUGCGUAAGUUUGUCGCUUACAUCGACCCCGAGAACAAAUUUGCCAUCGAGGAUAAAUUGUCUCAAAUCAAUACUUUGCAGCAAUUGCAAAAUAUCGCUUCGUAUGGGUUUUUGAAAAAACGUUUAGAGAAGCACGACUUGCACUUGCAUGCUUUAUGGUUCGACAUCUAUACUGGUGAUAUUUACUAUUUUAGCCGUGCAAAUAAACGCUUCAUUGAAAUCAAUGAGCUCACGGAAACUCCACUUCUACAAGAAAUUAAGAGAUAUUACUCUUAAAAAUUUCAAAAUGAUUAUCAACAAAGAGCGUUUCGAAUAUGCUCAUAUUAGGAAUUGAUCAAUUGUACAAAAAAAACUUCCCAGUACAUUACAGAAGACUUCGUUUAUUUAUAGUUUUCAAAAAUAACUUAAAUUAAUAUAUUUACGCUUAUCUCUGUAAUAAAGUCAAAUAUCGAGGAUUAUUUACUUAAUCACGACGCAUAACUGUACAUCGUACAAAAUCGUAUCAACGAUUAUAUAUGAACAAUCGAAUCUUUUGUAGACUUACAAAUCGUAAUAAUUGCAGGGAGUUGAUAUAUAAUGGGAAAAAAUCUCAAAACCCUGAAUUUUACAAGGUAUUUAACGUUUAUCCAACGAGUUUAUUUAUUUGUAGUACGAUGUUUAAUUAGUGCUUGGGGUGGUGUUGCAUUUACAAAUUUUUUUUUAUACUUUAUUAUACAUACAUAUUUCUCAAAAAUAU